AUGACUGCACACAACUUGUCCUCGGGCCUUGGUGUCAAUGGUAUGCCGUCGGACACCUACAUCGACACCUCCGCGGCCGACGCGUUCAACGAGUACGUCCAUUCGGAGAAUCUCCCGGCGAGCUACGACUCCAUGAUGAAUGGCAUCAAUGGCGUCAACAUGGAGUCUCCGUUCGUCGACUCUGUGCUGGCUACUAUGCACCUGGCUGGCGCCCAGUUCCCCAUGGCUCCUCCUCCUUUGCCCCAACAGUUUGUUCAGGGUCAGAACGUGUUGGACGCUGUUGAACCGUUCGUUCCUCAGGAACAGCCCCAGGCUAACGGUGACUCUGUGAGCAACGCAGCGACUGUUGACGGAGCUAGCUCUGUUCAUGGCCCUCUCACGCCGGUUGAUGACUCUGCCACCAACGACAGCGUGUCUCAUGGUAGCGAAGACUCCCAGGAUGCCAACUACGAGGCCAUGGUACAGCUUGCUGCUGGAGGCACUCGCCGUGCCGAAGACAGAGAGUCUCGUGGUGGUGAGCAAGCUGCCACCCAGCGCGAGCGCAGAACCAUCUCCUGGACUCCUGAAACCCGCUUCGAACUUCUGCUCCAGGUUGCCUACGAGCGCCGCCAUGAGAGUGUCUCCGAAGGAGCGUGGCACCGCAUUGCUGAUGGCUCUCGUGGCGGAUUGUGGAAGGGCGCAUCUUGGAACGGUGUGCGUCUCGAGUUCUCUCGCCUCAUGUCCGAACGCUUCGGUGACUACGCUUCCGCCGAUAACGCCCGCGCGCGCCGUGCUCAACUCGACGCCGUUGCCCUCGCCCAGCGCGAUGGCCAGCCGUCCACCGUGAUCCCGGAACUCGUUCACCCUCUGCUAACCGAUGCGGACUUUGAGCCGGCCCCGCGCCGCCGUCGUGCAGCUGCCGAACCUGCUGAGGGUGAUGACCAGGGUACUGAGAAUCGUGGCCGUGGUCGUGCUCGCACCUCGUCUGCCCCGAGGACCACUCGUGGGCGUGGUCGUGGCCGUGCUGCCCGUACUCCACGCACUCCACGCACUCGGCGCACUCGGGCUAACCGUGCCACCCCGACUGGUGAUACUGAUGUGGAGAAUAUUGAGAUGCCCGACGCUGACAUUAGCAACGCUGAGAGCCCUGUCGCUACCGCUGAGGCUGCUUGA